ACUAAUUAGUUAUUAAAACUUUUUACACAAACGUUGCUGGUACACAUAUUUUAUACACAUUUUGUGUACACUCCUUAAUUGUCUGUCUGCGUAGACAAUUCGUUCAGAAAUUAUCUUGUAGACACAAGGCCUUUUGGCCUGGAUAUUACUAAAAAUAAGAUAAAAGACAAAAAAGUGAAACGUUUUUAAAAAAUCCAAAAAUGUGACCAACAACAAAUUAGUCCCUGCAAUCCAAAGUGACUCCGGCCAAAGUGACUCUGACCAAGUGAUUGUCCAACGGCCAUAGUGAUUGCCCCGUCGGUCACAAUGACUGCCCCGCCGGUCACAGUGACUGCCCCGCCGGUCACAGUGACUGCCCCGCCGCCGCAGUGACUGCCCCGCCGCCGCAGUGACUGCCCCGCCGCCGCAGUGACUGCCCCGCCGCCACAGUGAUUGUCCCGCCGCCACAGUGACUGCCCCAGUGUCACAGUGACGGCCCCGCCACCACAAUGACUCCGGCCAAAGUGACUCUAGUCACAGUGACUCCGCCGCAUAGUGACUCCGCCGCAUAGUGACUCCGCCACACAGUGACUCCGCCGCAUAGUGACUCCGGCCAUGGUGACUCCGCCACACCCAAAACACCUCGAUAUCGAGGAUCAAAAUUAUAUCCAAUAUAUUAUACCGGCCAUCGCCUUCCGGUCAGUUACCACACCACCACGCUGCUGCCGCAUUCCACCAUCAUGCCACCACUGCCGCCGCUGCCCACCACCACCCAGUGCUGCCACCACGUGACCCCAGUCCCGCCCAGUGACUGGCACCAGCCCAAACAACAACCUCCCUGCCUUGCCAGAUCCCCAGAAGCCCCAACAACCUCCACGGCGGUGGCCGCCGCCUCCCUUUGCCCACCAGCCUAGUCCAUAGCCCUCGUUCAUUCCCAUAUGAGGAUCCGGAGUGAGGAAUAGCCGUAGAUCCAGAAGACAAGGCGGCACCAAUCGAAAGAGACGAGCAGAUCUGAUGCAAAAAGAAGGUGGGAGAACAUAUGCAGAGAUGCACCGAUGCAAAACAGAUCCGAGACGCAGAGAUGAUCGAUGGCCGUCGCCGUCAGAUCCGAGAUGCACCGAUGCAGAACAGAUUCGAGAUGCAGAGAUGAUUGAUGACCGUCUCCGUCAGAUCCGAGAUGCACCGAUGCAGAACAGAUCCGUGAUGAAGAGAAGAUCAUUGGCUCGCCAUUGCCGCUGAAUCUCCGUCUGAAAUUGCCACAAUCGCGACCCUGUCAGCCGGCGGAGGCAAGGCGACGCGGAGGCAGACAACGGAGGCGGCACGGUGGAAGCUGACGGACAAGAGAAGCAGGGUGGCCGCUUAGGAGCUGUCUCCAUAUGAUGUGUGUGCUGUGCGAAGAAAGAAACAGAGAGGAUCGAUGCCUUGUGCGUGCGGAAGAAGAUGACAGGCUAAGAUCGAUCAUAUUUGUGGGAAUUGUCAAAACAGUCAUAUCAUUGGAAUCCAAGAGUCUAGUAAUAAUAUGCGGGUCAUUUUUUCUAGACACAAAUCUAACCGUGUAUGCAAAAUGUUUACAAAAUAUAUUUAACCAACAUGAUCCAACUCCUUAUGAAUCGAUUGAGCUAGGGGUGGAAUCUUCAUUUGGUAUUACCAACUUCCCCUAAUGAUUGUCACCUUAUUAAAAAAAUGUAGUUCCUGACUUCCUGUUGAUGGACUGAUUGGACUCUUUAGCGGACAGUUCAGCCAUUCCUUAACUCAUUCCUGACACCCAAAUCCAUCUAAACAUAAGACCAAAUACGUGAGGCCAAUCCAUAUGCCCUCAAAUGGGCUUUGUACCCAUUCCUCUCAUCUUCUUCCUUUCCUCUCAAUCCUUUUCAAAUCUUCUGGCAUAUUGUCCCUUCUCCCUUGUCUUUCCACUUUUAUUCUACUCUCUGCCGGUAAGAUGAUCGGAGGAUUCCUCUCUUUGCAAGCCCCUCUUGAUCGACCUUACCCCUUUUUAACGCCCCUCCAAUCCCAUCCUCCGAUCAAUCCGAGUUUUCAAUUUCUUCACUCAUAAAUACCAUUAAAUGCGCAGGAGAGAAAAUGGGUGUCUCUCACUGUCUCGUUAAUUACUGAGUAUAAAUUUUCUGUUUUGGAAACUGCAUGUAGGGGUUUGAUGAUUGAAGAAUCCAACUGUCAUCACUACAAUAAAUAAAUCCCUGUUCUUUUUCUUAAUUUUCUCAAUUUUCUCAUUUUGAAUUUCCUUAAUCUUCGCGAGUCCUGUUCUCGUGUGGGAAUGUUUUAAAAAUCCGAUCUUUACCUGUUUUUCUUUCCUUUGAUUGCAUUUGAUUUCCUUUGAUUAAGUUAAACCGUUUCUGGCGUAAUGGGCUGUGCCAAUUCGAAGCGAAAUGUAGUGUGCGAGAAUUGCCACGCACCUUUCUCGCCGGGCCGGCGGAGUUUGGACUCCGAACGGCCGCCGCGGAGAAAGGCGGAGAGCCACCCCCACCACGUGGUUGCUCUCACUUCCUCCACCCUUGGGUCGAUUCGGCUGGACCCAUUAAAUAAGAGCCAGGUUCUCCGUGCUGCAGAGGACGGCGGCGAAAAAAAGAUUCCGGAGAUAUCUACCGGCGGCGAGCCGGAGACCAUCGACGUCUGGGAAUUGAUGAAGGAUCUAGAAGAUUGCGCCCGUCUCGUCCGCAGUUUCUCUUCCCCUGCUUCUACCAAUCAAUGGUCGGAAUCUAUUUCGACCUUGGGCUCAAACGACACAUCCGUCGGAUUCUUAUCGGAGUUUGAUCCCGCCGUGAUCGAAUCGUUCCGGAAAGCCCUCUCAGAGCUUCCGCCGGCGGGAACCGGAGAUAAAGAAAAAACAGAGGAAGCUAAAACAGGAACAGAGCACAAUAAAAACAGGGUCAUCUUUUACUUCACGAGCAUAAGAGGAAUUAGGAAGACGUACGAGGAUUGCUGUAACGUUAGAUCCAUUCUACAGGAACUGAAAUUGAAAAUCGAAGACCGAGACGUAUCUAUGCAUUCUGGUUUCAAAGAAGAACUGAAAGAGAUGUUUGGGGAAGAUUACAGCUUGCCCAGAGUAUUUCUCGGCAAGAAAUACAUCGGCGGAGAGGAUGAAAUCCGGCGAAUGCAGGAGGAAGGGAAGCUGGAGAAGCUAUUUGAGUGUUGCGAAAAGGUGGAAGAAGGCGGCGGCGGCGACGGCGGUUGCGAGGCGUGUGGAAAUAUAAGGUUUGUGCCGUGUGACACGUGUAAGGGGAGCUGUAAAGUUUUUUGUGAAUGUGGGAAUGGGGAUGUGGAGUCUGGGUUUGAGAGGUGUCCGGACUGUAAUGAAAAUGGGCUAAUUAGAUGUCCGGUUUGCUGUGAUUAUUAGGGCUCUCUUAAACUGUAAAGAAGAAAUGUUUUCCAUUAAUUUAGACUUUUAGUUUCUUUUUGUAUAUAAACCAAGUACUCCGUAUAAUAAUUGUAUGUUAGGGCAGAAAUAAGGCGGUUAACGAACCGAACCGAACCCAAAGUAUUGUGUGUUCUUGAUAUCAGGUUUGUUUGAGUUUGAGCUUGAAGCUGCGCCCUCGACAACCUUUACGCAUGUGGUUCAGGUUCAGCUCUACACAGUUUGAUUUGUGCGAUCAAUAAGCUUAAUAAACAUGAUCACGUAUAAAAGUUUAGCUUAUACUCA